GCCUUAGUGCCGGUGUGCUAGGCGUUCAAAACGUUGAUCGAGGCUGCCGAAGGUGCAGAGGAGUCCGAGGACAGACAAGUAAGUUUGAUAUCCCGGUGCGCGUUUCUGACCACCGUCUUGAUUCAGCACGCCCGAGCGAUCGGUCCCCUCGCCCAGGUGCAGAAGCCCAUGAAAGAAUUCGUCGCCACGACCAACAAGCUUGCGGCGUUGGCCAAGGGUGGCAAACGCAGGGCAUCUUCUGGCCACCACGCCGACCUGAGCGCUCUCAUGGACUACGAGGAGGGUUUGCGCAGCAUCAGCAACGACAUCGCCUCGGUGGACCGGCUGGAUCAUCACCAGCUUCUGUUGGCGAUGCUUCGCCAAUUGUGCCCUCCAACGUCGCCGGAUAUGGCCGCAGUACCUCGAGGCGCGAUCUCCCUGACAGAUGCCCACGUCGCGCAGCCUUCGUAGCUCAGGAGAUCCAUUGGCUACCUCACGAACACUGCUCUGGGCGACGCGCCCUGAAAAGUGCUGGGUCUUGAGCCCCUUGAUGCGACCCAGGCGUUCAACGACCGGGGUUGGCGUGGUUGACGAAACGUUCCCUUCAGUUGUAGAUCCGCGUUGGCGGGGGUAUUCACACAACCUUCGUGUGACGCCGUCUUCGACUUCCUGCCAGGCCAAGUACACGCGGAGGCAGAUACUCUGUAUGAGCGGGCGGCAGAGGUAUGGGAACAAGCUCUCAGUUCUGAUCACCCUACUGUGGCAACCGUUCUUCACGACCAAGGGGAGGUGUUGAGCAUGCAGGUGAUGGCCCUUCGAAUUUUCCAGGGAUUCUCGUAAAAGCACAUCGUUGCCGUGGAUCGUUCGCGUACUUCCUGGUGGAUCGUUCUCUCACAAUAUCCGACUUCUUGGUAUGCAGGACAACUAUGUUGCGGCCGAAUCACUCCAUGAGCGGGCACAAGCCAUACAAGAAAAUGCGCCAGGUCCGGAGCAUGCUGAUGUGGCUUCAACGCUCAACGAUCGGGCAGGAGUGUUGAAGAGCUUGGUGAGAGCCAAACGAUUCUUGUAGAUGCUUCUAUGGGCCUGUUUAUUAUUUUUCAUUUUGUAACUUGUUCUAAGUUCAAAAACGCUGUGAAACCUGCUCUCUCCAGGCGCAGAUUUUUUUUUUUUUUAAUUCUUUUCACACCAAUUUGCUCUGUAUUAACUAUCGUUGUCUCACGUUCCGAUGAAACUCAAAGACUAAAACGCGAAUGGGACAAUGAAGGACCAGCAGACCAUCGCAUCGCUCCGCAGCUCUAGAUGCAAUAUUUUGUGAAACCGAAGUCUUCGCCAUGCAGUUCAUUCCAUACCAUGGCAAGUAUGCCGAGGCCUUGCCACUGUAUGAGCGGUCACGAGCCACACAAGAAAGCAUGGAGUGCCGUAGGCGUUAUUCAACUGAGCGAGGUAUGGUUAAAGUUUCUCCCGAGGCGUAGUCCCCACUUUGACAGAAAUAUGCAUGGAAAUCCGCUACGCUACAUUCGUCGGUAUGCCAGGGCAAGUACGCGGAGGCAGAGCCUUUGUACUAGCGGGCGACGGAGAUUUGGGAGAAAGCUGUCGGUCCUGAUCACCCAACUGUGGGAACCGUCCUCCGCAAUCGGGCGUCACUAUUGACUACACAGGGAAAGUACACUGAGGCGCUGCCUUUGUUCGAACGAGCCCUGGCCAUCAGAGAAAGUGCUCUGAGGGUGGACCGUCAGGACACUAUCGCGUGCCGUGCGUCUUUGGCAGUCUUGUACACGAAGCAGGGGUUGUUCGACAAGGCCUCUCCUCUGUUUGAAGAGGUCGCAUGUUCGUUGGAGUGUGCCCUAGGGCCUGAUCAUCAGGAUUUUGCGAGAGCGCUCAACAACCGGGCCUCGUCGUUGAGAUUGCA